GCUCCUGCUAAUUGCUGACAGACUUCCAGGGAUUUUUCCAUCUAUCCCAGCCCAGGCCCUGCCUCUCUCUCCCCAGGGAGGUGGUGGGGUCCUGGGCUAUGAAGCGACUCAAGACCCAGGAUCCUGCUUCCCGGGGUAGGCCGGCGGGAGGUAGGGGAGGUGAGCUACCGGCCUCAGUUCCAUCUUCCGCCCCGGGGGUCAGAAGAUCCAGCAGGAGUCGUGGUGCAGCGGCCCCUGCAGCCCCCGGAGGUGAAGCCGUGUCCAUCGCCGGCGGUUCCAGGAGGGCGGACAGUAGCCCUCCAAGAGGUACGCGGAGUGCUCCUGGGGAUGGGCUGGUUCCGGUUGAGGCUGAUUGGGGCAACAUGAAGCCCCGGGAACUAAUCGCCGUUUACAGCUCCCGGAUCGCGGCCUACCUCCAGGAGUUCGAGGAGGAGAAUAGGACCCUCAGGAUGGUGAGGGAGAAACUAAGGCUUGAGAGGGGGAAGGUGGACAAAGCAGCCAGAAAAAACAGGCCGGAAAUAACAAGAAAAGUAAAAGGCUUAAAAGAAAUUGUUAAAGAGCUGCAGGACAGAAUGGGGGCCAUUCUGGAGAACAGUGGCCCCUUUAAGGAGAAGCUCAUGAACGACAAAAGGUUCAAUGAAAUGGCUGGAAGCCGUGAGCAGCAAGAAGAUGACUCCUCUAGUGAGGAGGAAGAGUCGGACAUGGGGGGGCAACCUGCGGAAACUGGCAUCACCGCAGAGCAGGUGUGCCUGCCCCCCACUAGUUCCGAUGAGGAAAUAGACUUCAGUGAGAGCAGCGGAGUUGGGGGGCAGCUUAUGGCCGAGAUACGCCACCUGGAGUCCCCCAAAAUUCGUGAGGACAUUUGUUUUGGUGAUGAAUUACCGGAAGAUGAGCCAAUAGGAAAGAAGAGAAAGGCAAAGACAUUAAAUCCAGAGAAUCCCCCCAAAUGGGAAGAGGCUAUUGGAAGCUAAAUUCGGCCCUCCUGGAGGAAGCA